AUGACCGAUGUCGCGUCCACCGUGGGCAAACACAAGAAGAAGAGCAAAUUCAGAUUGAGGGUGCCGAAGGCCUUGAAAGGAAAGUCCAAGAAAUCGGGAGAGAAAUCGGGAGAGGGCAAAUCUGUGGCCGAUGACAAGUCGAUAAGAGACAAGCAUUCGGUCGCGGGCGAUCUUGACCUGGAGGUGCCUUCUCCCGUCCUUUCUGAAGCGGGUGAUCUCUCGCCCACUCUGCACUCUCAAAUGUCGGAGAGAGAACUUCAGCUAGAAACAACCAAGAUGGCUCUUUCGGAGAUGAUCGAGAAGUACCGCGAGCUGAGUGAGACGUUGGAGCUGCGUGAGAAAGAGCUCGAAAAGGCGCAGCUGGCGGGUGCAGCGGUAAUGGAGCGGUCGGCGGAAGAAGCGCAGCUGCAGGCGCGCGUGGCGGAGUUGUCGAGUGCGCUGGAAAGCCGCGGGCGCGAGCUGGCGGAACGCGACCGGACGUUGGAGACGCGGGAGACGGAGUUGGGUACGGAGUUGGCGACACGUAACCAAGAGUUGGAGUCGCUCCGUGGGCAGUUGGCGGCGCUGUCCGAGCUGUCGGGCGCCGAGGCUUCUGGACGCGAGCGGGUGCUGCAGGAGCAGUUGCAACAACAGCGACAGGAAACUGACGCCCUGCGGUCGGAGCUCGACGAGAUUGAGAAGCGGAGGCAGGAAGCGGAGUCGCAGCGACAGGUGGAGACGGAGGCCGCGGAGACGCAGCGACAGGCGACGGAGACGGCGCUGGCGGCCGCGCGUCAGGAGUUGGAGACGGCGCGGCGGAUGGCCAUAGAAACUGAGGCGGCGCAGAAAAGGCGCGAGUCGGAAUUGGGUCGCGCAUUGGAGGGGCGUGAACGGGAGUUGGCGGAACUUCGGGAAAACCUAGCGGCGUUGACGACUGCGACAGCUGAGGGUGCGCGCGAGAAGGAGCGGCUGCAGCAGCUGAGUAAGGCGCUGGAGGCGCGGGACGCGGAGCUGAAGACGCUCCGGACGCAGCUGGUGGAGGUGACGGCGCGGGCGGAGACCGCGGCGCGCGAACGCGCGAAUGCGGAGACGCAGGCGGCGCAGCAGGAGGCCGAGGCGGCGACGAAGACCGAGCAGCUGGCUCAGCGGCUGCGGGCUAGAGAGAGCCAGCUGGAGAAGCUUCAGCAGGAGCGCGAAGCGCUCCUGCAGACCCACCAGGAGGAGGAAGUGCUGCGGCGGCAGGAUGAGGAGGAGAAGGAACAGCGGGGGCGAGAGCGAGAGCGACAGCUGGAGACGGUGCAGCGACAGUUGGAGGCCUUGCAACGACAGUUGGAGGAGACGAACUCGAAGGAGCAGUUGGUUGCAAGGCGCGCUGAGGACUUGAGCGAGGCGGCGAGUCAGCGCGCAAGUGAGCUAGCGACGUUGCGGAUGGCGUUCGAGGCGCAGACAGAGGAGCUGGAGAAGGCGCGGGAGGCGGCAGCGCAGGCGGCGGGCGAAGCGGCGGAGCGCGAAGCCGCGCUGCAGCGUGCCGCGGACGUGCGCGAACGCGAGAUGGCCGCGGUGCGGGCGGAACUGGAGGUCGAGAGAGAGGCGCGGGAGACGUUGAAGGCGCAGGGCGAGGAGAAACAAGCAGAGGAACGUGCGUUGCGACAACGUGGGGAGCAGCGAGCGGAAGAGUUACAACGGGCGGCAGAGGCGCAUACAGAAGAGUUGACGCGUGUGCGCGCGCAAUUGGCGGCACUUACCGAAAAAGCGGAAAAAGAGAAGGUUAGUCAGGAACAGUUGUUGGCGCAGCGCACGGCCGAGCUGGCCCAGACGACAGCGGAGCUGGCGCGACGUAGUGAUGAAUUGGCAGCCCGCGAUGCGGAGAUGCGACAGCGCGAUCUCGAACUUCUAAGACAACAGUGCGCAGACGGCGCGGAGAACAGCGAGACGGAGGACGCGGUGGCAGAAGACACACUCGCCCAACGGAUCGAAGACCUCGCUGCGAAAGAGAACCAAUACCGGCAGCUGGAGCGCGAACUGCGGCUACAACAGGAAGUGUUGGCCAAGGAACGCGCCACUGUCGAAACACGCGGUCGCGGGCUGAGCGAAAAAGAGACGGAACUGCGACAACGCGACGUGGAAUUAUGUCAACGGGAGACAGAGUUACGUCAGAAACAAGAGGCUGCUGCACGCGACCGUGCAGCGCUCGAAGAACAACGGGCUGGGCUCGAAGAACAACGUCAGGACUCGGAAACACGUAAGAUCAAAAUCGUGCAGAAAGAACAGGAACUACGUCGUCAGGAACUGGAACUCCGACGCCGUAAUGAGAGUCUGGCAGAGGAUAAGGCGGAUGCCGAGAGCAAGAGCGCUGACCUUACGAAACGACUCCAAGAAACCGCAGCCAAAGAGGCUGAACUCCGCCGUCGUGAAAACGAGCUUAAACGGCAACUCGAAAAAGCGGAGCUGGACAAGACCUUCCACUCCGAAAAGGAGCAACAACUGGGCCAACGCCUCGGGAACCUCUCGCAGCGGGAGAACCUCAUUUCGUUGCGCGAAGGUGAACUGAAAAAGCAACAGGCAAGUUUGGCGGUAGAAAAAACUUCGCUCGAGGAGCAAGAGAUCCGGCUGUCCGGACAGUCGAGCGAGCUGAUGACCAAACAGAGUGAGUUGAAGCGACGUGAGGCGGAACUCCGGCGACUGGAGCAGGACCUGAAACAGUCUUCAGGUUUAUUGGAGACGGAGAAGCAGUCCUUGGAAGAGAGGAGUGCCGAGUUGGAUAAGAGGUUCGAAACCAUGGCGGCUCGCGAAGCUGAAUUGCGGCGACAGGAGCAGAGUUUACGGCAGUCCUCAGGGCUGUUGGAGACGGAGAAGCAGGCGAUUGAGGAGAGAAGUGCGGAGUUGGAUAAGAGAUUUGGAUCGAUGACUGCGCGCGAGACGGAGGUAAGGCGUCAAGAAUUAGAACUGCGUCGACGACAAGACGCUGUAGCGUUAGAAAAAUCAACUCACUCUGAGCUGGUAUUGGAGGUGGGUAAAAAGCAGGGCGACUUAUCGCAGAAGGAAAACUUAUUGGUCUUGCGCGAGUCUGAGCUGCAGAAGCAGCAGGAGGCGUUAGCCCAGGAGCGGUGCCUGUUGGAAGAAAGACAGGACAUUGUGGCCCAGCGGUUGAGGGAGCUGGCGACGAAAGAGAGUGAGAUGCGACGUCUGGAGCCGGAAUUACGGCGGCAGGAGUUGGAGGUUCAGCAGCAGCUGGAUGGUGUGAGCCAAAGACAGGCGGCUGUGGCAGAGAAGGAAACGGAAUUGGAGCAGAGGCUGAAGGAAUUUUCGGCGCAGGAGAGUGAGGCGAGGAUUCGACAUGUGAAGAUCCGUGAGCAGGAGAAGAUUUUGGCUCAUGAGAAGUCGACCAUCGACGAACUACGGAAGGCUUUGGCGGACCAAAAAACCUUACUUCAGCAACAGGCAGCGGAUCUUAAUUUGCGACGGGCGGAAGUAGCGGAAGUGGAUAAGGGAAGCGAAGCUAAGCAGGAAUCAACCAUGUCCGUGGCAUUGCCGACACCAGGGGGGCCGCCACCUGCAGUGGUCUAUAGCAACAUCAUUGCGAACGUGGGGCCUGAUAAUUGCGCACUAGUCAGCUCGCCUGAUGGUGCACAUGAAGUGGUAUGGUGUCUGAAACAGCGUUUGGUGGAGGCACUAUUUGAGACCUCCAGUGGCCGUUCUGCUGGCUACAACGUCUUCGACCCGGCCUCUGCGCAAAUCAGCGUGAAGGCCGUGGAGGGACGGCCUGAAGUCUUGCGUGUUUUACAACGCGUCCGAAACUUGUGGAAACUAGGCGAAGACCUCCGACUUGCCCUAGUACAAGGCGACCCGACCCUCGCUGGCGCCUAUCAGGAUACCACUACCACUCUGGCCGACUGGGAAAGCACCCUCGCUACUCUCCGAGGUUCCGCCGAAGUCAUAGAAAAAAGAAACAAUGACCUUGAAAGACUCGCGUCCAACUAUUCAAAGGCACUACAAGAAGCUAGACACAUCGCCAAAGCCGACAGAGAAAAGGCUAAAGGUAUAGUUAGUUCCCUAAAACAAAAACUCGAGAACCUACAAGAAACGAAAUUACAAGUCCAGACUGAAAGAGAUGCUCUACUAGUGGAAAUGAAGAAACUGGAGACACAGAUACAGUAUCUCACCUCCAAAGCCAUCGCCAACUCGUCUCUCAAAGUCGUCUCGGACCAUAUCAACGCGCCCAACCUUGUUCGGUGA